AUGGCCUCUCACUCGCAGUCAAAAUGUUUUCCGGCGCCUGCGGCGGGGUACACCCAGUCAUUCUGGCGGACCCAACCAGAUCCAUUGGAUAGUUACCAAAGUACCUCCGAAUUGCCAACAGAAACUGACAUCCUCAUCAUCGGUUGUGGCUAUGUGGGAGCAUCAGCUGCCUAUCAUCUCUUGUCAAACCAAGAAAAGCCAGCUCCCCAGGUCGUGCUAGUGGAAGCGCGCGAGCUGUGCUCUGGUGCCACCGGGCGGAAUGGAGGUCAUCUACGACCAGAUAUAUACUCAGCAACUGCAACAAACACCGAGCGCUAUGGCCUUGAAGCCGCAGUUGAGAUUGUGCGGUUUGAGCUUGCGCAUAUGAAAGAGAUAGAGGAUUUGGUUCGCCUCGAGAAUAUCGAUUGUGAACUUACUUUUACAAGAAGUCUGAAUAUUUACCUUGAUGAAGAUCAGCUUAAGAAAGCAAAGACCUUUUAUGAUUCUUUGCUUGAGCGAGGGCUGGACUUUAUGGACGAUGUGAAGUAUCUUUCUCAAUCGGAGGCUCAGAAGGAAGCCUAUGUGCGCAACGCGAAAGGUGGCUUUAGCUUUUCCGCCGGACAUCUCUGGCCUUAUAAGCUAAUAGUAGGUCUAAUUCGCAUUGCCUUGUCAAAGGGUCUGAACCUCCAAACAAACACACCAGUAUCAGAGAUCAAUCAGACCAAAAACGAAGAUGGCUCAUGGACAGUUACCACCAACCGGGGCACAAUCAAGGCUAAGAACAUCAUCUUCGCAACAAACGCCUUCACCAGCGCGCUGGCACCAGAAUACUCAGAGGCAAUUAUACCCUGCAAAGGAGUCUGUACUCAAAUUGCCGCCACUCCAGGUGCACCCCAUCAAGAGUUACCCUGUACAUAUGCAAUCUGGCUCGGGCCUGGUGCAUACAUCUACCAAAUAUCUCGAAAGGACGGGUCCCUCAUUGUUGGGGGAGCAUCGCAUACUUUCAAAGAUGAUUUGAAAGAGUGGUACAAUCAGCCCAAUGAUGGGACGCUCGUUCGGAACAUGGAGCAUUACUUCGAUGGGUAUAUGCAGCGGACUUUCUUUGGGUGGGAAGAUAGCGGGGCAGAAGUUAAGCAUAUUUGGAGCGGUGUCAUGGGAUAUAGCGCGGACUCGUUACCCCAUGUUGGUAAUGUCCCCGAUAAGCCUGGGCAGUUCAUUGCGGCAGGCUUCAAUGGCCAUGGAAUGCCGGUUGCAUACCUUUCUGGUAAGGCUGUUGCCAAUAUGGCUAGGGACUCAGUAUCAUUCAAGGAGACUGGGCUGCCACGUUUGUUUGAGACGUCGGCGGAAAGGUUGAAGCCUGUGUAUAAUGAUAUUCUCGGAUGA